GUCCACGUGACCCGGAUAUCCGUCAGUUCAGCAGUGACUCACCAGGAGCAGCCGUAGUUCCAGCUGCUGAGAGUAAAAAUGGUGUAUAUAUCUAAUGGACAAGUGUUAAAUGGCCAAAGAUCGCCAUGGCGGCUGUCAUUUAUAUCAGAUCUUUUUUGGGGGGUUGCAGACUUCGUUGUCAUGUUCUUCCAGAGCAUAAUUAGACCCGACGUGACGAGAAGGGGAUGCGUGAACUCCUCUUCCAACACAAGAUUUGAUGAUGGCAGAGGACCACCUGGACUGCCUCGUCGAAGGAUGGGUCGAAUAAAUCAUGGCGCAGGACCCAGCCCUCCUCCAAUGGCAGGAGGUGGAUGAGGAAGGUAAACACCUGCUGUUACAAGCAGGCAACAAGGGAUUGCAUUCACAAGCUGGAUAAGAAGAUGUGAAUGUUUGUCUCUGCCUAUGAACUGCUCUGCACCAAUGCAGAUUUAUGAUGUUGUACUGGGAAUUCCCUCUCCAGGAUCCAGUACCGACUGAUGAGCACAUGUAAAACUGUAAAUGUUUACUGUCUUUGUUUUGUUUGUUUCUUUUGUAAAAUGUCGUCUGUACUUCAAAUUGACCACAACAAAUGACAAACAGAAAUUAUAAUAAAGUUAGGGAAUUUUGUGGGUUGUGGCUUAUUAACACAACCCUGCAUCAUUUAAAGGGACAUUCCAGUGCAGAUGUUUCCAGAGUAUACAGCCCCAGAACAGUUUGCUAAGCAUGUUUGCAAUACACCUUUUUUAUCUAAUUUCUGGCCUCCUCAUGGAAGAGCUCUCUAGCAGCCGGUUUAAGAGCAUUAUAUUCUUCUGGUUGGUGAAUAAGCUUCCAUGCCAAUCUUGGACUUUUUUUUUUUUUUAAUAAAAUUGGGCUUAUAGCCCUUGAAUCAUUUUGUGCUGUAAUGUUCCAUUAAUAUACGAAAACAAUAUACUGACAUCUUCCCUUGAUACUGAGAUGAUUAUGUCAUUGUCCUCAGAAUUCCAAUUUUCUUGGCAUCAACACAUUCAUGUGCAGUAAGAUUUGGUUGUGAUCACCUUUAUCAUGUUUGUGAAAGUUGUGAAUUGGCUAUUUUGAAACAACCUUCAGUUUAUAUUUAAUGUGAAACAAUGGCUGUAAAAGGGGCCUAUUAUCACUGGCAGCCUCUACUAAAAACAAACAAACGUCUGCACCAAAAAAAAGACAAUUCUUCAGUCAUGCUUGGUUUUCUCAUGUCAAUCACAAUUUCUUUCAUAUUGUUUUGCAUUUAGAAGUUCUCUCUCUAGAAAACAAGGGGUUAAGAUAGUCCCGUUGGCUAGCAGAAGCCCCAUAUUACCUGUAUUUAUGUUGUUUAUAAACAUUGGCAUUUGUUUCAUAACUGCGCCUAUUACGGUUUCAUCUAUAACGUUAGAGAAUUUAUUUCACGUAUUCUGUCCAUUUUGAAUGAGUGAAGAUAUCUUUUAAUGAUGUCUUAAAUUUAUUUCCAUUCAUUUCAUGCUUUGUAAAGGAUUUUGAUAUUAAAAUAAAUAUAUGUACCUUAUAUUUAAAUAAAUGUUGUUUCAGGAAGGUCUGCUGAAGCAAUUUUAAUAA